UUUACUCCAAAAAAUUUUACAUUUUAUCAUGACUAUCAAAAAGGAGAUGCUUCAAGAAGAAAUGCCUAAUAACCAAUUCAAUAAAUUGUGUAUGGAAGAAUUAAAAAUCGGUGCCAAAUUUACACCGAACCAAUAUGCCGAACUUAUUCUUGGACAUCUUGUGCAGAAUAAACCAAUACAGGCAAAGUUUUGUUAUACACGUGCAGUAGAACGAAUUGAAGGAUCUAAUGAGCUGAUAAAGCAAGUUUGGGCUUUUGGUCAGCACAUAUACACUAAAAGACUUGUUGAGGCGCUCGGAGCUUGUAAAAAUACGCGUCUAGAUGAUCAAUCGCUUCAACACUAUGUUAUCGAAAUUCGGAACAGACUUGUCGCCAAGCUGCUUGAACUUAUUGCACGAACUUAUACAUCAUUAAGCUUGAAGAAGUUUUCAGAAGUAAUGUGUUUAGCGGACGAUAGAGAAACAAGCGAGUUGCUAAUUCGUUGCAUGUGGCCUGUUAAAAAUGCGGGCUUAUACAAGACUCUUUCUGAUUUAUGCAAUCUUAAAUAUGGGCCCGCCGAUUCAGACACAAGUGAAGCAAAUUACAACAAAAUUUUGGGGCAGAUUAAUUUGGAGAACCUCGCGGCAAUUGUGAAAAGUUCGGUCUUUUUUGACGCGAUGGAGACAACAAAUCCUAUAAACGGAUCUGGAGGAAAUACGAACAAUUAA